AGAUACCAUUGUUAUGAUCCCUUUUAUAAAGGAACCUGCCUGGCUUCUCCCAGUGCAGAGUUGAGAGCAAAUCCAGAGCUUCUUCCAAGAUGCUACUGAUCCUGCUCUCAGUGGCCUUGCUGGCCCUGAGCUCAGUUCAAGGCUCAGAUUCUGAAAGCAGCAGUGAAGAGUCUCGGAGAGCCGUAUUAGAUAGAAGCAGCUCAGACUCAAGCUCAGAUGAAGAUUUUUUCAUACGACAUCAUGGAAAACACAGAGAACGCAGAGGAUCACCACCUUCUCCUAAUGAUGAAAACGAAGAUGAGGAAGCUCCACCAGGGCCACCUCCACCAGGGCCACCUCCAUCAAGUGAUGAACCUCAGCCAAAUCCACCCCCACCAGAGGAGCAACCUGAGCAGAGUCCAGAUGAAGAUUCACCAUCCGAGUAAUCUGAAAGUCAUUAACAGAGCAUGAGUAUGAAGAUAGCAGUCCUUCAGAAAGCCAUGACAUUGGAAGAAGGCACUCUGUCUUCAAUUUACCAAUAAAAUAAUCAGCAUC